GACUACCGGUACGAAAAAUUAUCACACGACAACUCCCCACAGACGAAUUCGAAGUCCAAGUUUCGAAUACGUUCAGCUUUUGCCCUUGUGGUUAUUACGUUUUUUUAGUGAAAUAAGCUUUACUUUUGGUUGAACUGUCACAAGUUUUAAAAUCAAAGAUGUGGACCAAGUCUAAGGACCUCCACAGUCUGGUUGAAGACACAAUUAAUAACCAGCAAUGCAACAGCCUAGACAAUCUGGAGAAAGCAUUGAAAAAUCACCGUUCAGAUUUCUCUGCCCUUCUUAAACAGCCGGCAAAAAAUCUUGAUGACAGAAACCUUCUCCUAAAAUCUGUCAAAGAACCUGUUCUUUUCCCUGGAAGAAAGACGACUGCUUCACUUGAACAGUCGUUUGUGGAUGAAGCACUCAUUAUCUCUGAUAUGUUUAAUCUAAACGAAAAUGUUGCUGUUGAACUUUUACACACAGCAGAACAGCAAAUGCAUUACUAUCCAGAAUUAACCAGGGGUUUGAUUUCAGUACUGCUGUACUAUGAUGCUAGACGUGCCAUUGUCAAUUCAUUAAAAAUUCUCAUCCAAGCAAGGAAAGGAAUUUCAUGGGCUGUAGACACCAGCGAACAAGUUGUUGACUUAAUAACAGAGUACACUGUUAAAUUGGUGAAAAAAGGUUUGGUAGAUCAAAUCAUAGCCCUGUUAAGUCAACUGAACCUUGAAAAGGAAAUCAAUUUGCUCCACGAAAACCGAGCUCUCGGUGGACCAAAACACAGAAGACAAGUUCAAGAUUUCUUCACUGAAAUAAGGCAGUCGUUAGCGGACAUUGUAUUUUGUUUGGCUGCUCAAAAUGGACUGUGUAGGGACGAUACACUGCUGCUAGUGAAUUACCUUUCAUCUGUCGAACAAGUCGAUAACGUCAACGUCACUCUUUUCAUGGCUCUUUUGUAUGCUAUUGAUAUCAGCGCUAUCGUUAGAACUGAAGAAAGUGAAGACGUCGUCCGGUUAUUACCCAUCACUUCCGAAAGUGCAUUUGUUGCGACUAUUCAAAAGCGUCUGACGGAACCACUUCCUUGGAAGAACAUUGGCCUUCAAGCUUCAGUUCAACUUGCCUGGGCAGUGACUUUGGCUACUUUCCGUUCGCUUUCAUCUGGACUUUGCGCUCCAAUUCAAAUGCAGGUUGACGAAGACGAAGCCAUCCUAGACGUCGCGUUAGAGGGGAAAGCUUUGAAUUUUCUCAGUCAUCUACUACAAACCAAAAAUCAUAUCUACAAAGAGGAGUUUUACUUACGACGAUUACAUUCACUUGUGACGGAUCUAAUUGUUCAAAUGCCCCUGAAAAUCAAAGAUCUUCGUAAUAAGGCCGAUGAAGUUGCACGUAACAUCUUUGUCUAUCAGCAAGAGGGCCUUGAGCCACCUUCAAACCUGCCGCUGGAUUUUCAAUGGUUGCUUAACUUUAUCGCCGUUCUCUACGGAGAGGAUCCUCUAGAGCUGGAACUGUGUCUUGAAUUUUGGUCUAGUGACAUGGCCAAUGCUGGAGUAAACUACAGAGUCUCUCAGCGACAAAUGGCCCUAUAUAAGUUUAUUCGUUUGGCCGGGGAUUUGCUACCGCCUUCUCUUUACAUUUCUUAUGCCAGCAUGCUUUGCGGAUUGGCAAAUGGAAAGAGGGCAGCUCACCAAGCCUUUACCCUUCUGAAGCAAAACAGCAACGGCGGUCAAAGCAAUUUGAUCUCUUGGGAACACUUUUUCUCAUCACUCCACAGAUAUUUUAACAGUUUGCGCCAAGAGUCGCUCCCUGUACCGGACACCAUCUACCGCCACAAGCCCCUCACAAAAGGCAUUACACCACAGGAGGUUCAAGGAUUGCAGGUCGUUUUGAAGUUAAUGCGAAUCGUUCUCCAACAUGACCCUGUUGCCAGGAUAUCUUUGGCCGAGAAUCCAACAUGGAUACCAUUAGUCGUGAUGAUCGGACUCUUAGGCUGUGCUGUGCCAUUGAGUUUGAAGGGAGAGAUCAUGGAGGUUCUUGCAGCUUUCGCCCAGUCACCUGACAUCGCAUAUACACUGUGGAACAGCAUUGAAAUAGCUCAGAUUUUGUCAACUACAAGCAUAGUUUCAACAAAUGUCAAAGGUCUCCACACGGAAUUGGAAGAUGUUGAGUCUCGAGCUGAAGAAUACCCCCUCACAAGAGCCUUUCUUAAAUUACUGGACGUGAUGACUGAUAUAUCCAUCCCAGCCAACUUGGGAACUGGACAUAGAACGCCUGGAUUUGAUCCCUACUUAUUCUACGUUAAAGAUUCCGUUUUCCUGAAAUUUAGUGGUAGGGCGUACCGCAAUGAAACGGAAAAAUGGCAGAUUGGAAAUGCCUGUGUAAAGCUAUUUUUAAAAUUGCUCUCGAAUUACGAACCCAGUGUGGAUGAUUUUCAGGACUCCUACAUUGAAUUACCGUCUGGCGGCAAUGCCAUUCGGUGCAAACCACCAGGGUAUCAUCUUUUGGUGCAAUGUCUGCACGACUCCAACUUUUUGCGCCUCCUGCUUCAUGUGGUGGACGAAGGCUGUCGUGUCUUGGAUCUUUACACACCCACGCCAGGAAUUGAAGAGUUGGAAACACUAACGCUUAAUGUUCUCUUGUUAUUAAAGCGCGUACUGCAACUUCAGGAAGAAUUUUUGGAACUUAUUCGUCGGUUGGGUUCUGCUCUCAGAGUAGUUACGUUGGACAGCUUACUUUUGGGCAUUAACAGUCGUACUGGGAAGCCGGACCACAUGGUCAACAUAGGAAAGCUAGUGACGCUAAACCAGCAUCUUCCCCAACAUGCUCUUGUUGCUCUGCAUAUUAUCCGACGAGUUGCUGCAAUUCCUUCAACCCAAAAUCAACUCCUGGCUUUGUAUACCAAAUCUUCUGCUCUCACUACAGCGAUUCGUCACGGAUUCGUAGAAGCCCUAGAGAUGGAAGACCCCCAUGAUUCGUCUAGCGUUUUAGGUGAUCAGGACGGCGAAACACCUCAUGCUGGACAAGGAUGUCGACUUGUAGUUCUUCAUCUUCUUAGUGAAGGAGUUAAUCUUCCCCAUCCAAGUUUCGCACAUUUUCUCCUUGGCUUCAGUAUUCAGGCUCCAUUGAGCAAAACCGUAUUGCAGCAGCCUGGAAUUCGUGAUCAGCCUCGGACAUGCCUGCAUGCAUUGCUUGGCAUUUUGGAGAAAAAUAUUCUCGUAGAUGGUCACUCUGCUGGUGCCAAUUUGCGUGCUAUUGAGUUGGCCUACAAACUCCUUUACCAGCUUUGUUCUCAUCCUAAUCUGUCGGAUGUCAUGCUGAGAUUUUUGCGUUCUUCCAACUUCCUCGGGCGUCAGGUUGCAGCUUUGCCGUUUGCCCCCGAGAGAUCUGAAUUCUCGCAGCUCUCACAAAUGAGUUGGUUGCUUAAAACCGUAGCUGUCGAAGUGAAAAUUGCCUCGGACAAAGGCCUUCAAUCACACGUUUCUCGACUAGCCUCCCUCUUUCUGUAUGAAGUGGAUGAAACGACUGAAUCAGUCACAAUGGGCGAUAUCACUGAUAGAUCUUUGCUAAGUGGCACUUCUUUUCUUGGGACACAGGACCAAUUGGUCAUGCGAUCUAGACCCAAAAUUGCUGUCCUGUUGGACGCCGUCAAUCUCAAGGCUUCCGAAUUGACUGCUCCCACUAUGGAAUUCUUCGAUCCAGGUGCCAUCGAAGCGUUGGUUAAGCAGUGUGAAAUCAUCAGUGAAGAGGAUGUCCAGCUAACGAAAAUUGCUUUGCUUCAGAAUCGCUUGCGAAGCGAACUUGCAAAUCUUACCAACGUGGCUCUUGGCCAACGCCAACUCAUUGUACAAGAAGUCCAGAACAUUCUUUCGUUUGUAGUGCAACGAAACAACAUUCGAUUGGAGCUUUCGGCUCGACGCUUCUAUUUAGAAGGCUGGAGGCAAGUCCUGGAAUGCCUGUUAGCUACGGGUUCACUAAACGAUCUUUCGUACACGCAUCGAUGGAACAUUUUAACUCAGAUUACCCAGGACAUUUUCAGCAAGUGUUUGGCCGCAGACAACACAUUGCCUGAUUUAGUCCACUAUUUAUCAGGCGUUAUGGUCAUCCUGUUGGCUGGAUUACGAGCUUGUGCUCUUGAAGGUGUUGGCGAAUCCGGAGCUUCAUCUGGCCCCACCAAGAUGCCUUCUGAUUAUGUGCGAUGCCUUGAUGGGACCAUUCUUCGAACUCCAAAUGUCCGCUCGAUUGCAACUGCACGUGGAAGUUCGACAUCUUCGGCCACAGUCAAUGUUAUUCAACGCCAGUUAGUUGGCUGGAUCUUACGAGCCAGUGGGUCUGCUCACCGCGUUCGAACCAAUCUUUACAGUGCAUUACUCAACAGCCUGAGAAUUAGUAACCACACAGCCGAAUUCUACAAGUUGACUGAUGCAUCAUUGCUUCAGACACUCGUUCGCGAUUGUAGCAGUGGCCACGACGUACAACGAAUGUUGGCUCUUUCUCUUCUUGAUCAGCUAGCUGCUGCUGACAACCAAGGACCUAUUGCUAGCUUUUUGUCCUCACAAGGAUACUUGAAACACAUGGUUAAUUCCCUGCUCCAGUUGGAUGCAGGAUUGGUGGCCGCUUUAGAAAUGCAACCCAACAUGGACGGUUUGCGCACUCUCUAUGUAUACGAAUCCCAAAUGGGGCUUUUAACUCGAUUGGCUAGUAGCCAGAAGGGUGCUCUCGUGCUUCUGGAGAGUGGCAUAUUCCAACGUCUUUCAGAAAUGUCUGUGUUUAGCCAACGUCCGGAAGUAACUGGGACAACUAUGGAAAACACGCCUUUUAUUCCGGACAUAGCCCAUCGAUUCCAUCAAAUACUUUUUCCCGCUCUUCAACUUUCUAACACCAUGCUUACUGCUCUUGGAAGCCGUCACCGCACUGGAAGUUCAGAGGUGAUCCACUUUUUACUCUCUCACAGCGAUACAGUGAGUGCUAUUUUGCGGAAUCGAAACUUAGCACCAGUUUCUUCUCAAUUGGAAGAGACGGCGUUACUCACCGCUGUCAUUUCUCGUGCUGCUGGUUGGAACGUAGUGUGUGAAGAGUCUCCGGCUGCCAUGGAGGUACGCGGCCAGCUAAGUCGUCUCGAACAAGUGACACUUAAUCUAUUGCCAAUCUAUAUUAUGGGGGAAAACACGUCGGAAUUUGGUCUCGUGUCCAGCAAAGUCUGUUUGCAGGUUGCUGUAAACAUUUUGAAACUGGCACGUUCACUAACUACUCAGAAUCGUGCCAUUUUCGCACCGAGCUUUGAGCGUCCUAAUAAAUCGUCCUUGUCACUGGGAAUUCUUACGAAGACGUUGUUGAGCUCUUCAGCCCUCUUGAUCAAUGCACAAGAAAAAAGUGAAAUUUGUCGUCGACGACUAGAUUCUAUCCAGGAUUUGACGACGCAACAACUCGCUGAGCUUUUGCCUCCGGAUACAGAUGAAAAAUUGCCGGCUCAAGUUCGUCGAAUGAUUGGAGCCAAAUCGCUUGAGCAGGAAUUGAAAAACUGGGACGAACUUCUAGAGCUUUGCAGUUUAGUAUUGGAAUCUACCACUUGGCUGUUGUGGCAUCACAUGGAACAUUUUUUCCAGCAUAAAAGAUCGUUAGCUCUCGGUGGAUCCACAUCGAUUUUAAGCCAAGAAGAUUAUGGGCGACUAAAGAAAGAAGCGCCGAUUCAUCUUAAUACAGUUUUGUUUAAGAAAAUGAAUGAAUGUGAGCAGGUUUAUCUACACAAAAAAGGGCGCCAUGGUUUUGUUCAAGCCCUUCUUCGACGAGUUAAGCGAUUGCUCAGCGUGUAAUUUUAUUCUUUCAUUUUUUGGAAUUACUGUGUAAGAAUAAUGGUAAUUCUUUCGUUGAUUAAAGAAAUUAAACACGAGGUUUCAACAUUU